UAAAAAUGUUAUUUUGUUAUCGAUAUUACUUGUUACGUUCUCUUCCUACCUCUGAUUGUACACAUUAAUAUUUUAUAAAUGCAGAUCGCAUUCGUGUUGCACUUUUUCCCGAAAGUGUAGAAGAAAAUUCUUCAUACACGCAGGAGCUAUAUUCACCACUAAGGGCUAAUAUUAUUUUCGCAGUACUGUUUCGCUCCAAUCGAUAUUCUCCUUCACCCCUCAUGGAGAGCUUCCUUACAUUAUAUUUAGUGCCAAAGAACAAAUACUAUAUCUGUCUAUCAGAUAUAAGAGUCAGGUGUUCAUUUACCAGCACGGAACCGUUUUGCGAAAAUGUACGUAAGACAGUUUGAUUGUUAUGAUAGGAUAUGUAUACGUUCUUCAAUUUUGCGUCUCGUUUCAAAGAAUAAGCUACAGGUCAUACGAAAGAUCGAGAUUAGUCGAUUUCGCGUUGCCGAAGAUGCAGUGUCUCUUGAAAAAUGAUGGACAUUACUUGGAAUCAUUAUUACAAUGUUGUGUACAAAAUAUCGUCGGUCACCGGUGCGUGGCCCUAUAUGAAACCAGGGGCAAGAAUAUUUCGCCUUACCAUACUGACAAUAACUCUGUUAACUAUUUUUGUCCCUCAGGUAAAUCGAUAUACAUCUAGUGUGUAAUCGACGGAAUCAAGGAAUUUUUUUGCAAAAGUUGAGAAUAAUAUUUUCAGAUAGCGUAUCAAUCUACAUGCAAGAAAGACAUAUACUGUACUUUUGAGGCGAGUACGUCGUACCUGCUGACAGUUGUGGCUUUGUUAAAAAUGUGCACUAUCCAAUUGAACAUUAGCACAAUAAGGAAUCUCACCCGACAUUUAUCCGUCGAUUGGGACGAGGUCGAAAAUCCCGAAGAGUACAAAAUAAUGAAGUCGUAUGCCGAAAACAGUCGACGAUUCUCUCUGAUAUAUACCGUGUAUUGCGUAAUGGCGACAAGUACGUUUAUGUGUACGUCCCUUAUACCGUUCGCACUCGAUUUCAUGUUGCCUCUCAAUCAAUCCCGUCCCGUGAUACCGCCAUAUCCGGGAUACUACUUUGUGGACAUUCGCGAAUACUUCUUGCCAAUUUUUUGGCACUCUCUCGUGGCCUGGGAUAUCGUCAUAGUCAUCGUAAUAGCCCACGAUUGCAUGUACGUGACUUAUGUCGAGCACGUUUGCAGCCUGUUCGCCGUGACUGGGUAAGAACAUUUAGGAGUUGAUCUAAGACAUGUGCCAGUAUAACAGUCGCAUUUAAAGUUUGUGUUUUGUUAUAUACCUAAUUCUAUCGUCAAAAUGGAUCAAGUAAUUCGUACAAAUUGCUUGCAGACAUCGUUUCGAGCGUUUAUUUUACAAUGAUUGUGAU